AUGCAAAGAUUAAAACUAGCUAAAUCAAAAUUCGGCAAAUGGUAUGAACAGCAUGCAAAACAUUGUUACAAAAAUUAUGGAGGAACAUCUGAAUCAAUGUUAAAAGAAGGUACAAUCAAAUUGUUUCAAGGUUCAUUAAGUAAUGAUCUUCGAUACAAAUACAUGGUGUGCGAUAGUGAUGCCUCUGCAUAUGAAGCAAUUAAAUAUCAUUUUAUUGACCGACAAAAACAAAAAAAUUCAGAAGCAGAGGAGGAAGAAAAAGAAAUAAUGGAACAAGGAACAUAUAAUGCAGAAGAAGGAUACGAACAGGAAUUAGCAGAAAAGAAAACAGACAAUGACGAAGAUGAAGAUCACGGUAAAACAACAACAACAACAACAAGCGAUGAUGAAGGUCAUGAUAAUUCGACAGCAACAACAAGUGAUGAACAAGGAAAUUCAGAUGAUAACAAUCAGAUGGAUGACAGCAAUAAUAUUUAUUACUAG